ACCAAAUUUUUUCUCUUCGUUUUCGGUAUCUAAAUCCUCUAGUGCUUAUUGCUCUAGUGGGUAUUCUUCUUUGGGUUUUUCUUCCACUUUCCGAUCGCCGCGGUGGAGCUACGGUGUUGAUUGGAAAUCUCCGAUCAGUCUUAAAGCUCAGAUCAGAACUGCCGCCGUUACCCCUGUUCUCAACAAUUUCCAUCGAAAACUCACUACCAUGGCUUCAGAGAACCCAUUUAAAGGCAUCCUCACCAGUCUUCCCAAGCCUGGAGGUGGUGAAUUCGGGAAGUACUAUAGCCUACCUGCUCUGAAUGAUCCCCGAAUUGACAAGCUGCCAUAUUCUAUCAGAAUUCUUCUUGAAUCAGCAAUCCGUAAUUGUGACAAUUUUCAAGUCAAAAAGGAAGAUGUCGAGAAGAUCAUUGACUGGGAAAAUACUUCGCCGAAGCUAGCGGAGAUACCGUUUAAGCCAGCCCGAGUUUUGCUGCAAGAUUUUACUGGUGUACCAGCUGUUGUGGACCUUGCUUGCAUGCGCGAUGCCAUGAACAAGCUUGGCAGCAAUGCUGACAAGAUUAAUCCAUUGGUGCCGGUAGAUCUAGUAAUUGACCAUUCAGUUCAAGUCGAUGUGGCAAGGUCAGAAAAUGCAGUCCAAGCUAAUAUGGAACUUGAAUUCCAAAGGAACAAGGAGAGGUUCGCCUUUCUUAAGUGGGGUUCUAAUGCUUUCCGCAACAUGCUUGUUGUUCCACCAGGUUCUGGUAUUGUGCAUCAGGUGAAUCUUGAAUACCUUGGAAGAGUCGUCUUUAAUAAUGAAGGUUUACUCUAUCCUGAUAGUGUUGUCGGAACUGAUUCACACACCACUAUGAUUGAUGGGCUUGGAGUUGCUGGCUGGGGUGUUGGAGGUAUUGAAGCAGAAGCUACAAUGCUUGGUCAGCCUAUGAGCAUGGUGUUGCCUGGAGUUGUUGGGUUCAAAUUAUCUGGGAAAUUGCGCAGUGGUGUAACUGCCACUGACUUGGUCUUGACAGUCACUCAGAUGCUGAGGAAGCAUGGUGUUGUUGGAAAGUUUGUUGAGUUCUAUGGUGAUGGAAUGGGUGAACUAUCAUUGGCUGACAGGGCCACCAUUGCCAACAUGUCUCCUGAAUAUGGUGCUACAAUGGGUUUCUUCCCUGUAGAUCAUGUUACUUUGCAGUAUCUGAAAUUAACAGGGAGAAGUGACGAAACAGUGUCAAUGAUCGAAGCAUAUCUGCGCGCAAAUAAUAUGUUCGUCGACUAUAAUGAGCCUCAACAUGAGAAAGUGUACUCUUCUUGUUUGUACCUAGACCUUGCUGAAGUUGAGCCUUGUAUGUCAGGGCCAAAAAGACCUCAUGACCGUGUGCCUUUGAAAGAAAUGAAGUCUGAUUGGCACUCUUGCCUUGAUAACAAGGUUGGAUUCAAGGGAUUUGCUGUGCCGAAAGAUGCGCAGGAAAAAGUGGUAAAAUUUUCUUUCCACGGACAAGAUGCAGAGCUCAAGCAUGGAAGUGUUGUUAUUGCUGCUAUCACAAGUUGCACUAAUACAUCAAAUCCCAGUGUUAUGCUAGGAGCAGCCCUUGUUGCAAAAAAGGCUUGCGACCUGGGUCUAAAUGUUAAACCAUGGGUGAAAACAAGUCUUGCUCCUGGCUCCGGCGUAGUUACUAAAUAUUUGCUCCAGAGUGGGCUGCAGAAGUAUUUAAAUGAGCAAGGUUUUCAUAUUGUUGGAUAUGGCUGCACAACUUGUAUUGGGAAUUCUGGAGAUUUGGAUGAAUCAGUUUCUUCUGCUAUAUCAGAAAAUGACAUCGUUGCUGCUGCUGUACUCUCUGGAAAUCGAAACUUUGAGGGGCGUGUUCAUCCUUUGACGAGAGCAAACUACCUUGCUUCACCUCCUUUAGUGGUUGCCUAUGCUCUUGCUGGCACUGUUGAUAUAGACUUUGAGAAAGAACCAAUUGGAGUGGGGAAGGAUGGUAAGAAUGUCUUCUUCAGGGAUAUUUGGCCAUCGACUGAAGAAAUUGCUGAGGUCGUUCAAUCAAGUGUAUUGCCAGACAUGUUCAAGAGUACGUAUGAAGCUAUUACAAAGGGGAAUAACAUGUGGAAUCAAUUGUCAGUACCAGCUACCUCGCUCUACUCAUGGGAACCUAGUUCUACGUACAUUCAUGAGCCACCAUAUUUCAAGGAUAUGACCAUGGAUCCCCCAGGGCCCCAUGGAGUGAAGGAUGCUUACUGCUUGCUGAACUUUGGUGAUAGUAUUACCACAGAUCACAUUUCACCAGCUGGAAGCAUCCACAAAGAUAGCCCUGCUGCUAAGUACCUUAAUGAGCGAGGGGUUGAUCGCAGGGACUUCAACUCAUAUGGUAGUCGUCGUGGUAAUGAUGAAAUUAUGGCUAGGGGUACUUUUGCCAACAUCCGAAUUGUUAAUAAGCUGUUAAAUGGUGAAGUUGGCCCAAAGACAAUUCACAUUCCCUCUGGAGAGAAGCUCUCUGUGUUUGAUGCUGCAAUGAAAUACAAGUCUGCUGGGCAAGACACAAUAAUCUUGGCUGGAGCUGAAUACGGAAGUGGAAGCUCCCGAGAUUGGGCUGCUAAGGGCCCCAUGUUGUUGGGAGUUAAAGCUGUAAUUGCUAAAAGCUUCGAGAGGAUUCACCGUAGCAACUUGGUAGGAAUGGGAAUUGUGCCUCUAUGUUUCAAGGCUGGUGAGGAUGCAGAUUCUCUUGGAUUGACAGGUCAUGAGCGAUAUACCAUUGAUCUCCCAGACAACAUUAGCGAGAUCCGCCCUGGUCAAGAUGUUACUGUACGAACAGACACUGGAAAAUCUUUCACAUGCAUAGUGCGCUUCGACACUGAGGUGGAGUUGGCUUAUUUCAACCAUGGUGGUAUCCUCCCAUACGUUAUUCGACAGUUGAGUCAGCAAUGAAACGCAGCAUUGGUUAUCUACUAGCUACGUUUCUCAGGUAACUGUUUCGGUGUGGAAAGAGGAGAAAGGAUCAUAAAUCUUUUAACGCCAUUGUUGGCGAGGUUAUUUUGUUACUUCAGUAAGCACUGUCUAGCUAAUCUUUUGGCGAUGAGUAGCAGUAUAUUAUCUUGUGGGAAUAAAGUCAGUCUGGAAAUUUGUAAAACUUGCUUUAUAUCAAUUGAAGAUUUUGGUUGCUUUUCA